ACAUUGCCUUUGGGUUUUUUUUUUUUUCUGUUUCUUUUUAUCUAUGCACUGAUGCUCUGUAUACAUGUGUGUGUAUAUAUAUAGCUGUCGGGAGUGAAUGAAUUCAGAUUCAUUGUUCACAUGUGUGACCUCACAUCCAGCAAGCAGGACUGGAAGCUCCGGAGGGAAGAUGACACUUGUUGUGUUUGAAUGUCUGAUUGCGUUGUUGACACUCAGAAGAGUUUUGUGCGAUUGAUUCCCAUUCUCACUGGGCCAUUAGUGACUGGCAUUGAUUGCUAGGUGAGACAAGCAAAAUGCUGUAAGCAGAGAGCGUUAGUAAAUACUUGGGAAUGUUAAUUUACGGUAGUGGAUUUUAUUGACCUGUACUGAUAGGCUAAUCGUGUAAAAACUUUGAUAAGGGCAAGUGGAUAUACAUACAAAGAGGAUGUUCGGCUUGGCGGUCUCUGUAGCUGUUAUGUGAGGUCACUUUGACGGAGAUGUGGCAGAGUCUGAAAGCAUGUCAUCCCCCAGCACAGCCCAGUCCCCCAGUGAACACAGUGUGCAGAAUGUACGGACCUUAUCAGACAGUCUUCUGUCCAAUUCUGAGGCUUGCAACAAGAUGUCAAAACGGGAAUCACUCAAGGCUCUGAAGAAAAGUUACAGAACACAAAAGAAACUUGCUGCACAAGAACUCUUGAGCACACUCAAAGACCCUUCAGUCAUUGUGCUUGCCGAUUGGUUGAAAAUCCGAGGAACACUCAAAAGCUGGACCAAAUUGUGGUGUGUCCUAAAACCGGGUCUCUUGGUGCUUUACAAGAAUGAAAAACAAAAGAGCAGUAACUGGGUGGGUACAGUUCUCCUCAACACCUGUCAGCUCAUUGAACGACCUUCAAAGAAAGAUGGCUUCUGCUUCAAGCUGUUUCACCCUCUUGAUCAGUCCAUCUGGGCUACAAAGGGUCCUAAAGGAGAGACGAUUGGUGCGUUUGUUCAGCCAUUGCCGUACAAUUACCUCAUUUUCCGAGCUCCUUCGGAGGGUGCAGGCAAGUGUUGGAUGGAUGCGCUUGAGUUGGCUCUGAGGUGCACCAGUCUUCUUAUGCGGACCAUGACCAAAGACAAGGAUAUUAGUUCAUCAGCGGGCAUAACUCCGUCUCUCCACACAGACACUGUACAUCUGGAUGAAAGUGACCUUGAAAAACACUUUGAAGGUCAAGGUCUUGGCGAUGACAAGGCCGACCGUGAUGCCAUACUGAGUGAAACGGACACGAGUCAGUCUGAAGUGGAGGACGAGACGUUUGACGAAAGUGUGCGACCCGAGGAGACCGUGUACAGAGAGAACGAAGCAGAAGACUUGGGACAGCAAGGAGACUCCACCCAGACGGAAGAAGUAGAUGACGAGAACAAAAGCCUGAUAUGGUCUCUAGUCAAACAGGUGCGUCCAGGUAUGGAUUUGUCCAAAGUUGUGCUUCCUACGUUUAUCCUGGAACCGAGAUCUUUCCUCGACAAGCUGUCCGACUACUACUACCAUGCCGACAUCCUGUCGGAGGCUGUUUUGCACGAAGACCCGUAUACACGAAUAAAAGAUGUUACGCGUUGGUAUUUGUCAGGUUUUUAUAAGAAACCAAAGGGUCUGAAAAAGCCAUACAAUCCAAUAAUUGGUGAAAAAUUCAGAUGUUACUGGUACCAUCCCAAGACCGACAGUCGAACCUUCUACAUCGCAGAACAGAUAUCUCACCAUCCUCCUAUCUCGGCAUUCCAUGUAACAAAUAGAAAAGAUGGAUUUAAUAUCAGUACCAGUAUACUGGCCAAAUCAAAGUUUUAUGGAAAUUCCCUGUCUGCAGUGUUGGACAGUACAGUUAAGCUGUCGUUCUUGAAGCGUGGAGAGGACUACUACAUUACAAUGCCCUAUGCUCACUGCAAAGGUAUCCUCAUUGGCACGCUAACUAUGGAGAUGGGAGGCAAGGUGUCUAUUGACUGUCCGAAGACAGGAUACAGAGCAGAUCUGGAGUUCAAACUCAAGCCUUUCCUGGGAAGUGGUGAAGCUUCUAACCGGAUUGUUGGUAAACUGAAAGUCGGUACGGAUACUCUGGCAACCAUCGAGGGUCACUGGGACCAGGAAAUCUUCAUAAAGGAGAAAGAUCAACAGACAUUGUUUUGGAAUCCCACACCAGAAAUAAAACAGAAGAGACUGAAGAGGUUCACUGUUCCGAUUGAAAUACAGGAAGACAUGGAGUCUGAAAAUUUGUGGCGGAAGGUGAGCGAUGCGGUGAUCACGGGCGACAUGUACACCGCCACACAGGAGAAGUACGUGCUGGAGGAGAGACAGAGGCAGGAGGCCAAGCAGAGGAAGUCCAGCAUGUCCGAGUGGAUGCCGCUUCUCUUUGAACAGGACAUCAUGUCCGGGGCCUGGGUCUACAAGCAGAUUGACAUGCGUCCUUGGGAUCCCAGUAAUGAUGUGAUUCAGUAUGAGAAGGACUUCGUCGUGAGGACCCACACGCGCCACAAGACGCCGGUGGUGCGCACGAUGAGUAUCACCAGCCUGCACGACAUCGAGGGCGGCGUCGAGGCGAAGACCAGCAGCUACCUGCGCUCACAGAUCCGCCUGCCACGCGGAUCCAUCUCAUCCAAACGGCAUCGCGUUAUCAGCGGCAGCUCGUCGGAACACAUGCACGACAGCGAUUCUUCAGGCUGUCUAGACAUCCCAUCCAGCAUGAAAAUCCGUCACAGUGACGAGAGACUAAUCAAGAUCAUCGAUCCGUUAAUCCAGUCGCAGAAAGAAAUCACGCGAUCGAUGCACCUGUUACAGAAGCAGGUAGCAGAGUUACAGUAUGCCAUUGGUAAUGGCUGGUUCUCCAUGUACCGGGACUGGCUCGUGCUGGCCGUGGUGUUGACGUUUCAAGUGUUCCUCCAAUGGUACAUCAACAGGUAGUCAGUACUGACAGUUUCACAGACGUCUUGUCGCUGUUAUUGUUACUAUUCCAUUGCAGAUCAGUGCUUACAAAACGAGGACUUGGGCCGAAGGCGAGGGACCCGAUUUUAAAACCAUAAAAAAUUGAAUGGAGUUGACAUUGACCUAGACUGAUCUUGAUGGUGCAGUGGUAGCUGCUGGGUUUGUAUCCCAGCAUGGGCCACAGUCGGUGGUGAGAGCUUUGCUCAGUAGGGGGAGGUGUAAAGCCAUUGUUCACAGUGUCGGCUUCUCCCUCACUGGCAUUCUUCAGCAGAGGUGCAUGCCCAGAACAACGUGCUUGAUAAUAUAACCAAGUGAACAAAAUUAAAAUGAAUGUUAGUAUAGGCUGUUGGCUUUGAGUCCUAGUCGAAACUCUUAAAGGCCCGUUUCUUCUCUACCGUUUGCCUAUGAUUCUCAGAUUAAGAUUUGGUUUCAGGAAAAGCAUCAAUUGUUGUUUGCAUUUAAUUGUCUUUGCUAAUGAGAUUUUUAUGUUUACUUAACAUCAAUUUUUAUUGUAGACUUUGUAGGUCGAAUUUACGAAUCCUGUUUUUCUCAGCUGCAGGUGUUUAAGUUUUCUAAAUACAUGUAGUUACAUGUGAGUCAGGCUUUGUAAAUUCUACCCCCUAUGUUUGUAGGAUGCCAUCGAUCUGAAGCUCGACGUUGACCCAAGUUAAAAUUGUCAUAUAUGACAAUUUUUAAAACAUGAAAUAUUUAAACUUUGAAGGAGAAAGUGACCAUAAAAGUGUCGUGAAUAUAGCAGCCAGAUCAAGUGUUUUGUGUCUUGCAUAUUACGAGUUGUUGGCUGUUUGUUCAAUGUCAAUCUCUUAUGAACUGUGCAAUGUAAAAGAAGUGAUCUCUUAUGAAUGACUAGAACUACACGCAGUCAUCAGAAACUUGUCUUGUCCUGUGCCGUAUCUAGCCUGAACUAACUGUGGGUGCAAUAAAACAAAUAUCAGAGUAUAGGAAUAUGUUGUGGUCUCCAGCUUUGGGUGAUGGCAACUCUCCCCCCUUUAAGGUACAACUCUGUGGUCAUCGCAGAGACUUUCAGACUUGAUGUGCAUUUGACCUUUAUGUAUUGUCAAUUUACAUAACAUGAGAUUCUUGUUUUGAUUUUUCAAAUGUCGUUUAAUAUGACGGUGUUGACAGGGUGUUGUUAGGUACUAAAGUUGAAUUUAAAAGGUAAGAGGAGUUUGUUAGUUGGACUGGUAGUUACAUUUUAAAACUCUUCUCUAAGCUUUUUCAGGGUUCGAAAUAAGUCGAGAACAGUCAUUCAUGUUACCUGGAGGUUAUCAUAUGUCAAGAAGGUUGAGAACGAUAUGCAAAAUCUUAUAACAACAAUAGCAAGACCAUUUUGAACAGUUGUGUGUUAUUCUAAUAUAAAAUGCACAUUCAAGUAUCAAUACAAUUAGAACAAUGAUAUGAAUAAAGAACUAAAUAUUAGAGGGUCUAUGAAGGGUUUUAUAGUACUUAGUAAUUUAUUAAACAGGAAACUUGAUAGUAUGCUAUAAUAUAUAGGUUACCAGGUCCAGGCUUUUUUGUGGUAACCUGUACAUGGGUUGCCAAACACUGUGAUUAAUUUGAUGUCUGGUUUUCACUUAUUUUGCCAAGCAGACUAGUAGUAGUACUUGCUGGAGUCAUUCCUCUAUAAUCAAAACAUGUUGUUUGUUUUUUUUUAAAACAAAAAAACAUUUUAGUCCAA